AUCACCCCCUCCCAUAGACUUGCAUUGAGAGGUUGUGGCCGCGACAUCACGACCCCUGCAACAAAAUGUUCCAAACGCUGGGGUAGCAGAGUACGCCUUUAAUGCCCUGGGAUUGUCAACCGCUGUUUUACAGAUGCUUUGUUCCUGUUUUUCUCCAGUACUUACUAUUAACUGUCUGAGCACAUGUUGUUGUCUAUGUUUUUGUUCAUAUGCAAAACCUAAAAUAAAACCUUAAAAAGAUUGCCAGACUAAAUAAUACAGCAUCACUACUACGUCCAGUAAAAUGGCAUACACCAUGCAUAAAACACAAUGGACCUUGUCCAUUAUAGUCAAUGUGGUCCAUCAGGUGAUGUUGAUGUCAGUCAUAUGACACAUCCAGACCACUAUCGUUUCCUUUGUUGUGUUGCUAUAAUGGAGAAAUGCUGAUGCAGACAUACGGUAUACAAGCAUCCUGCUGAUUAAUUUAAUGUGGUGGAAACUGAACUUGGAUUAUUUUUGACGGAUACAAAAAAAAAAAAAAUCCACAAACUAAAAUGCAUAUAUUUUUUUUUAAAUAAAAUUAACAUUAUUUAGGCUAGGUUUCCACACGGGUUUUUUUUUUCUGUUAGUUUUUUUUUUUUUUAAACUGGCACUUUGAGCCAAAGUCAGAAGUGGAUCCAGUAGGAAGGAGAAGUGUGAGUCCUUCCUUUAUAUUUUCCAUUACUUUUGAAUACACUGGCUUUGGCUCAAUGGCCGACAUUUAUCAUUGUCUUUAGACAGUUUUUUGUGUCUACAAAAGGUGCAAAAAAGGAGCAAGCAGGGUUUAUUUGCGCCUUUUUGUUUACCCAUUUCUGCUGAUUUUGAGUUGCAAUCCACUGAUUUUGGCAAUACACAUGAUAUGGAAGGGAUUUAUGAACUGCGCCUUUUUGUGAAAAGGCGCAAAAAAGGCGCAAAACCACUGAAAAGUCUCUAAAACUACACCAGCCCAGACUUAGCUUAGCUUUUUGGUGUAUGUGAAGAGAGAAAUUUCAGAAAAUGUGACCUGCACUAAAUGUAUCAAAUUCUCUGUGACCAUUUAAUAAAUCUGGUUCUCCUACACAUUAUCAGCACACAAAAAAGGUGUAGAAAAAUUCUUCACUUACACCUACAAUGAUAAAUGCUUCACUUACACCUACAAUGAUAAAGGCUGGCCAAUAACUGCAGUGGCAGUUCUCCAAAAAACACCAGAAAAAAACCUGCAUGGAAACCUAGGCUAUAGGUGAUAGGUGGAAAUCAAACAAAAAAAAUGUUUAUUGUUAUUUUUGCACUUCUGUCUUUAGCAUAUAAGACCCCAAAAUAAAUAACAACUAGUCCCAUAAAAAAAAAAAAAAAAAAAAACAAGCCUUUUCUGUAUUGCUUGAAUCCAGUUGUGUUUCUGGCAAGGAGACAUGGCCCUCAAUGUGACCUGUAUAUGAGCCCCUGAAGAAGCAGGUAACAAACUGCAUGUGUAGAAGAAAUGUAAAUGGCAGUCGAUCCCUAAGCGGUUGGACUUCCUGGGGGGAGGGCCUGACAUGCUUUCCUCAGCAGCUGCUUCAUUCACAUUUUAGUGCAGGCAGAGUAGGCAUGCAGCGUGUACAUUCACCUAUGCUGUGAUACCAUCCAAGUCCAGCCUUAUGUUAUUAGCGCCCUAGCUGUCUAUGUUAACUUUACCAGUACUGAGGAAACUAGUUCAAACUUCCAUUAUAAAAUCCUAGUCACAUCUAAACAAGCUUUUAUAUUUGUAUUUGUUUUUAAUGUAACAAGCCAUCAAUUCUCUGUUUUCAGAGCUGGCUGUGCCUUAAGACCAUAUUUUUUAUAUUGACCAAAUCCUGUCUUUUUGGGCUUUUACUGUGAGAUACUGUGAGAAAAUGACCCUGUCUUCCUGCUGCAAUGGAGCAGACAUCUGUCAUGAGCUGGACUACUGUGACCUGGACUUUCCUAAUGUAGACUUGAAUGGAUCUGCUGCACCUUCACCAGAGAGCACCUUAAAAGCUGGCCUAGAUGUGACUACAAGAAAGAAGUUCAUGUAUGCAAAAAAAAAGGCAUUUGCUCUUUUUGUUAAACAACUACAAUCAACCAACACAUUGCCUCCAACUGGUCGAGAUGGUUUUAGUAAGUGGAACUGCUGUGGCCAAGAGUUUAGAGAUCUUAGAACUACUCAUAAACAUGUAGCUGCACAGCAUGCAACUGAAAUUCUACAACAAACUGGAAACAUUUUAGAAGAACUUGAAGCUGCUGCUUUCACCAGUGUACCAUUCAAUGAUUACAAAGAUAACACUGAUGCCUCAAUUGAAAUGUCUUGGAGAAGUCCCAAGGUUUCUGACUGGUUACCAGAUUUGACAUGUUACAAGACAGAAGACCUAACAAGUGAACCAGGGGAAAUUCUUCUUUAUUAUUGCUACUGUGAUAUAAGUGAUCCACAGUGGAUCUGUGACUGGCAAAGGACUUUGUGUGAGCUGCUGCAUCUUACAGGCAAAAUUCGCAUAGCUUCAGAAGGAAUAAAUGGAACAGUGGGGGGAAGCAAAGUUUCCACCAGGCUUUAUAUCAACACAAUGCUUUUACACCCUUUGCUUAAACAUAUGUGCUUGGAAGAUUUUAAGAGAAGUGAUGGAGGAGCCCACUGUUUUCCUGAUCUUCGUGUUGGGGUUUUCCAGGAAAUUGUGCCAAUGGGUGUUGAUCCAAAGAAAGUUAGCUAUAAAGAAACGGCCACACACCUUACUCCCGAGGACUUUCAUAAAAGAGUGGAACAGUAUUUGUCUGCCUCGCAAGAAACAAAGGACACAAUUUUAUUGGACUGCCGCAACUUUUAUGAAAGCAAAAUAGGAAAGUUUCAGAACUGCCUAGCUCCAAACAUCAGGAAAUUUAGCUACUUCCCAAACUAUGUUGAUCAAAAUCUGGACUUAUUUAAAGAUAAAACUGUGUUAAUGUACUGUACCGGAGGAAUUCGCUGUGAACGUGGUUCUGCUUAUCUCAGGUCAAAGGCUGUGUGCAAAGAAGUAUGCCAACUUAAGGGAGGCAUUCAUAAAUAUUUAGAAAAAUUCCCAGAUGGAUUUUUCCGUGGAAAACUGUUUGUGUUUGAUGGACGCUUCACAAUUUCUUCUAAUGAUGACAUCAUAUCUACCUGUCGUUACUGUGGCACUGCAUGGGACAAGUACAAGUUAUGUUCUACUCCACAUUGCUGCCAGCUGGUCCUAUCCUGUUUGAGGUGUCAUGAGGAUGGCCUCACUGCAUGCUGUCCUACUUGUCAAGAGAAAGCGCUCAAGAGACAGACUGAAUUGUACCAGCAUAUCAAAGAAGAAUGUGAAUGUACAGAAAUGAGACCCAAGAUUCCAAUAGAAAAGAUCUAACUAGAGUUGUCUUCAAUACAAGAUUUUCAGGGCAAUGUUUUUUACGAACAUGGAAUGCCAGAGAUACUCCGCCUCCGGACAUCUUAUCCCCUAUCCAAAGGAUAAGGGAUAAGAGGUCUGAUAGCAGGGGGGUCUGGCCACUGGAACCCCCACAAUCUCUGGGUAGCACAUUUUUGUUCAGAAUGCUGGGAUCGGGUGUCCGUCGUCGUGACGCCCCCUCCCAUAGAGAUGAAUGGGGGGGGGGGGGGGGCGUGAAGGGAUGUCACAACAACGGACACCCAAACCCAGCGUUCUGAAUGCCAAGGUGCCUCCAAAAAUUUGUGGAUGUCUGAUUGAAUGGGGUCCCUUCCAAUCAGACAUCUUAUUCCCUAUUCUCUGGAUAGGGAAUAAGAUGUCCAGGGACAGACUACGGUUGCUUUGUUAUGUGAUUCUUCAUUCAUGGUUCUUCAUAUAUCUAAAAGCCUUUUUACUAAUCAUAUUGUAAGGAAAUAGAAUUAGUUGAUCUACCUAAACUAAGCACUGUGGAGUGUUAAGAAUAAACAUGAGUGCUUUUCCAAGAUUGCACAGUUUUAUUUCUUAAAGUUUAUGAACAUCUAGCAAGCAAUAAACACCUAAUGAGAUUACACUACUUAUAGCCUGUUAAAAACACAUUCUUCAAUGAAAACAAGUUCAUCCACACAACUGAAGAUCUGCUUCAGUCCAUCAAAUAUACAAACAAAUCUAUUUAAUAGCAUGUUAGUGCCUCUUGUUCUCAGGACUGCAUAUAAUGUGUAUGAAUAUAACCAAAUGUAGACUAUUGACUAUGUUUGAAAUGUUUUCCAAACAUAUGCAUUUUGUCUGCAGGACUUAUACGGUAUUAGUAUAAAUAAGAGGGGAAUAUACACUGCUCAAAAAAAUAAAGGGAAUACGUAAACAACACAAUGUAACUCCAAGUCAAUCACACUUCUGUGAUAUCACACUGUCCACUGAGGAAGCAACACUGAUUGACAAUCAAUUUCACAUGCUGUUGUGCAAAUGGAACAGACAACAGGUGGAAAUUAUAGGCGAUUACCAAGACACCCCCCAUAAAGGAGUGGUUCUGCAGAUGGUGACCACAGACCACUUCUCAGUUCCUAUGUUUCCUGGCUGAUGUUUUGGUCCCUUUUGAAUGCUGGCAGUGCUUUCACUCUAGUGGUAGCAUGAGACGGAGUCUACAAUCCACACAAGUGGCUCAGGUAGUGCAGCUCAUCCAGGAUGGCACAUCAAGGCGAGCUGUGGCAAGAAGGUUUGCUGUGUCUGUCAGCAUAGUGUCCAGAGCAUGGAGGCGCUACCAGGAGACAGGCCAGUACAUCAGGAGACAUGGAGGAGGCCGUAGGAGGGCACAACUCAGCAGCAGGACCGCUACCUUCACCUUUGCGCAAGGAGGACCACUGCCAGAGCCCUGCAAAAUGAACUCCAGCAGGCCACAAAUGUGCAUGUGUCCACCCACUCAAACAGUCAGAAAAAGACUCCAUGAGGGUGGUAUGAGGACUCUAUGUCCACAGGUGGGGGUUGUGCUUACAACCCAACACCGUGCAGGUUCACACUGAGCACAUGUGACAGACGUGACAGAGUCUGAAGACGCCGUGGAGAAUGUUCCGCUGCCUGCAACAUCCUCCAGCUUUACCGGUUUGGCGGUGGGUCAGUAAUGGUGUGGGGGGGGCAUUUCUUUGGGGGGCCGCACAGCCCUCCAUGUGCUUGCCAGAGGUAGCCUGACUGCCAUUAGGUACCGAGAUGAGAUCCUCAGACCCCUUGUGAGACCUUAUGCUGGGGCGGUUGGCCCUGGGUUUCUCCUAAUGUAAGACAAUGCUAGACCUCAUGUGGCUGGAGUGCGUCAGCAGUUACUGCAAGAGGAAGGCAUUGAUGCUAUGGACUAGCCCGCCUGUUCCCCAGACCUGAAUCCAACUGAGCACAUCUGGGACAUCAUGUCUCGCUCCAUCCACCAAUGCCACGUUGCACCACAGACUGUCCAGGAGUUGGUGGAUGCUUUAGUCUAGGUCUGGGAGGACAUUCCUCAGGAGACCAUCCGCCACCUCAUCAGGAGCAUGCCCAGGCGUUGUAGGGAGGUCAUACUGGCAAAUAGAGGCCACAUACUCUAUUGAGCCUCAUUUUGACUUGUCUUAAGGACAUUACAUCAAAGUUGGUUCAGCCUGUAGUGUGGUUUUCCACUUUGAUUUUGAGUGUGACUCCAUAUCCAGACCUCCAUGGGUUGAUAAAUUUUUGAUUUCCAUUGAUAAUUUUUGGGUGAUUUUGUUGUCAGCACAUUCAACUAUGUAAAGACGAAAGUAUUUCAUACGAUUAGUUCAUUCAGAUCUAGGAUGUGUUAUCUUAGUGUUCCCUUUUUUUUUGAGCAGUGUAUGUAAAUCAGAAAUCAGGCAUUUGUAAGUUAGAGCAAACUUUUUGUAAACUGUAAAAUGUUCAACGUGAAAAAUAUAAAUUCUAGGCAUUAUCCAAAACACAGCCAUUAAGAUUUUUUAGUAAACUGAAAAAAGUCUUAUUUCUUUUUUACUGUAAAACAGGUGUAUAGGUUGUAGGGAUUGUUUUAAAUAGUACAAUAAUACUGGAUUCAGCCUUCCACUUGUGAAAUUCUUUUGCCUAAUGUUUUAAUUAAA